AUGUUAUACCCUAUAUAAACCCUCUAACCCCCCUCUUUUCCUCAUAUCAUUUCCUCUUAAAUUUUUUUGAAUUUCAUCUAACUUUUUCCCCAAUGGCAACCAAAAGAUUCUUUGAUGACUUUGUUGAUCCUGACUCCAAUCGACCAAAUUACAAACGUCUAAGAAAAACACCUUCUUUUGCUUCUGUGAUUAAAGAAGUGGUGAAGGUGAAUUUCUUAGAUAACUUUUGUUCAGCCUUGGAACCCAUGCUCCGAAAAGUGGUACAUGAAGAGGUUGAAAGUGGACUAAGAAGAUAUUCUAGAUCAAUAGGAAGAUCACCUUCACUAAGAAUUAAAGCACUUGAACCAUCAAACCUACGUUUAAUAUUCAACAAAAAACUUUCUCUACCAAUCUUCACCAAUAGCAAAAUUAUGGAUUCAAAUGGUCAAUACCCUCUCCAGCUCCUACUUGUAGACGCGACGGGUGAUUGCCUAGUUCCAACCACCUUAGGUACCCCGAUUAAAAUCGAGAUCGUGGUGCUAGAUGGAGACUUUCCUUGUGGAGAAAAUUGGACACAUGAAGAUUUCAAUAAGAAUAUAGUUAAAGAAAGGGCAGGAAAAAGACCUUUGGUUACUGGUGAACUUAACAUUACUAUGAGAGAUGGUGUUGCUUCUCUAGGUGAUCUUGAAUUUACUGAUAAUUCUAGUUGGAUUCGAAGCCGGAGAUUUCGUAUCGGUGCAAAAGUGGUUCACAUAGGAAAUGGUCAAAAUUCAAUACGAAUAAUGGAAGCUAUGACUGAUUCUUUUAUGGUUAAAGAUCAUCGCGGAGAACUGUAUAAGAAGCAUUAUCCACCAGCAUUAGGAGAUGAUGUGUGGCGUCUUGAAAAAAUUGGAAAAGAUGGAACAUUUCACAAGAAGCUAAUUUCACAUGGCAUAGAGACAGUUCAAGAUUUUCUCAAGUUGGCUAAUAUUGACCCACAUAAAAUAAGAAGGAUACUUGGAAAUGGAAUGUCGGAGAAAAUGUGGGAAGUAACAUAUAGACAUGCAAAAACUUGUGAGAUGGGAACUAAAUCAUACAUAGCUAGAGGACCAAACUACAUUCUUAUCCUCAAUCCAAUAUGUCAAGUUAUUAGAGCAAUUAUUAAUGGACAAAUUUGUCAUACUAGAGAGUUAAGAGGAAUUCAAAGGUCCUAUAUUGAGAAUUUGGUGAGGAAUGCCUUCACAAAUUGGAGUUCUUUAGAAGAAGUUGAUGGUGGCCUGCAAGUCAAUGAACCUGCAGCUUUACUCACUCAAGGAGAACGAGGGGUGCAUCAUCAAAAUGGCUAUCCUAGGUGUGCACUUUUGACUGCAACAGAUGGAUCAAUUGAGUGUAGUGAUUGGAUUGUUAACCAAGCAGACAUUAGCUUGCCUAUUCAAAAUGGAGUUUGUUAUAUCUCAGAAUCUUCUUCUAAGGAGGAAUUAAAUUAUUUGUGAACUUUAAAGGAAAAUAUGAGAUUUAAGGGCAUCAAAGGAAUGAAUUUUACGAUCAAGUUGAUAUCGAGAGUAAAUAAAACGACAUGAACAGUGAAAAUUCAUAUAGAUAUGUCUUGAUUUGUUUGUUAUUGAAGCAUAAUUGCUUGUUGUUUGAUGUACAUAUACAAAUUGUGUAACCCAAUCCAUAAAGCGAGGGGCAAAAAAUGUGGUAGUUGUGCCUCCCCUCUGUGAAAAGGAUGUGUGGUUUGCAAUAUCAAAGUUUUUUCUUUGCUAUUUCAUAAAAUCUCAAUUGUUGUAUCCCACUAUGUUUAAUGUGAACGACAAGAUAAAAUUUCACAAUAA